CUAUUAUACUUAUAUAUAAAUAAUUAUAAAUAUUCUACAAACCUAGAAAUUGAUAUCCCUACAAAAAUUACUAGAUCACAUACAGAUAUUUUAAAAAUGUUGUCCUCCACUAUUAAAAUUGAUUUUACAUCACCAUCAUUUAAAUACCAUGAUGAUCCUUAUUUGAUUCCUCUUAGCAAUCCUGAAAAGAGAAAUUAUUCACUCUCACAGGAAUCUGGUAGGUUGGCUGCAAGGUAUUUUUUAAAUAAAUAUCCACAAUUAUUUGAAGAUUAUAUUGAUCAUCCAAAUGUUAAGAAAUUUUAUUCUACAAACUCUAAAUUAAAUAAUAUAUUGUCUCAAAAAUCUUCUGAAGAUAAAUUAAUACAGCUAGUUUAUGUUGAUGCACCAUUUGAAGAUAUAAUGUCUGUAUAUAAUGAUUUAAAAUCAAAUAAUAUAGAAAUCAACUUUGAAUGCCAACUUUUGAUCCUACAAUAUUUUGCAUUUUUCAAUAGUUCUGAUCCUAAUUAUCAUAACCAUGAUGACUAUUUUGAAGGAAAUGCAUCUAGUGAUGAGAUUAAAUCAUUGACCAGUCAAGAUGACAAUAUAAUAUCUGAACCAGGAGAUGAUAUGUAUUGGUAUAAACAUUAUACUGGAAUUCAACCAUAUACUCAAAGAUGGAAAAAUUUAGGAAUUGCCAAUCAAAUUUGGAGCGAUAUGAAAUACAAAACUUCCGAAGCUUAUACCAUCAUUAUUAGUGCUCUUUCAAAAUAUAUGAAUGCGGAUAAAUCCUUUGCUUUGUACGAUGAGAUGAAAUCUAAAUCGAUUCCCUUGAACGUUAAAAUUUACAAUAGCUUGCUCGCUUUGAUUCCUUUGCAACAAGAUAACGCUGAACUACAGUGGAAUUUGGCUAAAAAAUUGAUGGAGGAAAUGAGCUUAAAUUGCGUUAUUCCUGAUUUGUACACGUUCAACAAUUCUCUGAGGGUCGUAACUAAGAUAAGGGAUUACAAAAUCGCAUCUUCCAUAUGUUUUCAAUUACUAGCUGAGAUGCAAAGAUGUAGGAUAGAACCUAGCUUGGCCACUUUCUUAUUAGUUCUUAACUGCUUUUACAGAGAUAAGCGUUCUUAUAGCACGAUAAUAUAUGACGUGGUGGAUAACAUGCAAGGCAGAGAAUAUUCAAUCAGGCAUCCUCAAGAUAUUGACUUUUUUACGACAGCCAUGAGUAUAUGUCGCUUCAACCUUCAAGAUAAAAAUUUGGCUCACCAAAUUAUGGAUUUAUAUCAUUUUGGCAAAAAUAAAAUAAUGAUAGGGAACGACUCAAAUCACCGAUCAUUUUUCUUUCAUUAUUUCAAAAUCCUUUUCAAGAACGAAUCAUUAGAAAAUAUCAUUGCGAUUUACGAUAAACUUAUUCCCAGUGAAUACUGUGCAGAUCCGAUCUUUAUCAAGGAUAUCCUUGCCAUUCCCGCCCUCGUUUCAAAAUCGUUUGAUAAUUACGAACCUCAUUUCAUUAUUCGGCUCUGGACCGAUUCGCAACUUUAUGGUAUUUUACGACCUUUGGGUGAUGAUAAAGUUAUCGAAAAUAGCACGAAUAUUUACAAAAUGUUUACUACUAUUAUCAGAAAAUGGCUUGAAAAUAAUAAGAAGUCUAAACUCGAUGAUCAUGUUCUUGUUGAUAAACCAAACGAUACUUACACUCCUCCUAACCAGAUCGAUGAUUUGCAAAACGAAAAACUAGGAGAAAUAUGCAAAAGUUUUGGUAAGGUUGCUUUAGAUAUUGUAGCUAGACUCGAAGCGAAUCUAAAAUCUGAUGUUAUUAAGGGUUCUGAUAAUAUUUUAGCCGAGGAAAAACGUGUUCUCGCCAAAUUAGAAGGAAGAUAUAAUGGAAUGCUAGAAGAUUUGCUAAUCAUAUUUGCCGAGACUGAUCUUGAUAAGGAAUUGUGGAAAUUGUUGAAGAAAUUUAGUCAAUCACGACUCACUCAAGAAAUCAGCCCUGAAACUCUUGAAAAAUUAAUAAAGAAGACAGUGAAUUGCAAUGAUUCUGAUAACUCUUUGGUCUGCCUCAAAAUUUACGUCAAAAAUGCGUAUCCUGAAACUGUAAAAAUAUGUCAACAAUAUUUCUCUGAAUCUAAUGAAUCGGGUUUAAGUACCAAAAAUAUCUCAUUAAGCGAUACUCAAAGAAUCUAUAAGGAUAACUUAAUCCACGAUUACGAAAUGCUAAAAGAUAAGAGAACUUCUAAACAACAACAAAAUUAAUACGCUUUAAUACUAUAAAACAAUUGUGAUUUAAUUUAUCUGUAUUCCUUGUAUAUACAAAUGAUUGUGAUGUUGUAUUUUAUAAUUGCGUUUAUUUAA